AUGAGGCCGGCUUCAAUAAAUCGGGUUAUCCCUUCCCUAUUGCUCUUUCUUCUUGCUGUCAACGCCCUUCCGAGCGGUGAACGCCAAGACGACGCUCCCCCAGAGGGAGAUCUAGACGUCUCUAAGGUUAAAGUUACUGCUGGUGGCUUUCGUAAGACUCUAGAUAAGCUAUUCGAUGACCUUGGGGGGACGGGGGAUAAUGGAGCCCCGAAAUCCGUUCAAACCCGCGAGAUCAAAGCCCCCGGACCAGCAACAUUCCACGCAUUUGAGGCUAGUAAGCGAAGUGGGUUCGGCCUAGCCAAGGGUUAUGAUCCUUCGGACACAUAUCUGAAGUCUCGAGCUCCAGAUAUCAAGCUCCCGGAGAAACGGGAUCUUGAGUCCAAGGAUAUUGAGCGGAGGGAUCCGGGAACCGAUCGUGUAGAGAGGCGAGGAACAGGACCAAGCGCCGAUGAAGAAAGCUACAAGAAUGUUAAAAGAAGUAGUGAAAGCCAAGAGAUGAAGGCUAAACUCCGAGCUAGGGCUGAGGUAGAACGUGAGAAGGAGGAAUAUGAGAGCGCAAAACGUAAAUGGGAAGAGCGAUCGGCCCACAACAAGAAAGUUAGACAUCAUAAUAUGAAACGUCUCUUCCAACACGGCUCGCCAUUCCAAGAGUAUCAUAAUACCGUUCCUAUCUCCGCUUAUGCCGCUGAUGACGGUUCCUUCGGACACGCUCUUCCAGGGGUUCGUAGAAGCCCCAUAGACAACACAGGAAAAGUGCAGAAACGGUCUCUGGACACUUCCACUCUUGAGGGGGAACUGAAACGUCGCAAGCUGAUUAAAGCUCGUCUCCAGGAGCUUGGUUAUGCCCCUAAUGAUGAUGAAAACCCCAAGUCCACUGAUCAGGCCGAGAAAUUGAAGAAACGGGGUGAGGGCUCUGACGCUACAUUCAGUAAAUGGAAUCGUUCGCCCCUUGCCAAAAGAGACAUAUCACACCAUAUCGCAUGCCCCGGUACGGGUCUUAUGUCCGCCUAUGGCAACGUCCUUUUUAACUCAAAUAACUAUUUCACUUUGACGGCAAUAUUUAGAGCCGCCUGCUUCGGUUGUGAUUGUAGGGCAACUGCUACUGGGUUCCAUAUGGGGCCUCGACAGGAAGGUGGCUGUACUAUACGACUCGUGGAAAACUGUCAAAUGGCUGGAUGUCGGUGUCUAGACACCUAUAGUACAUCGGAUCCGGUUUUGAUCAACAAGCCUCAAUGGGAAGCAGCCAGCAAAAACACCCCUGCCACCUAUAGCGAUGUUACAUACAAUCCUCAAACGAAGACCACAUACAGUGAUAAGUACGCUGCUGCUGCUCAUAUUAAUGAGGUGACAUUUGAUGGGUUUUCUAAGGUGAAACGCCAUCUUCAAACCCCGAAUUCUUCUCAUGUAGGCGAAUUGUUCGCCGGGAACAAGAGGAGCGCUACAAGUGAAGCUAGCGAAGAAUUGGUUAGUAGAAUAUCCUAA